UUAGAUAAACUAAUCAGACAAAUCUGAAAGUAUAAUAAGGGGCUUAUUCUAGAACAUCAACAGUCAAUUAUCAGUUAUUACAGUGCUACUGUUAUGUGACAUCGUACCUUUAUACAAUAAGUAAAACUUUUCAAGCUAAUUGCCAAAAAGUGCAAAAAUUGAUUUUACAUUCCACAAAAUUAUGGUACAUAUAAUGGUACAUUUUGGUUAAAGGGAAUAACAGUGAUAUUAACAUGAACAUAUACAUAUACAUAAUUGCUUCAUUGAUGCUAGCGGCUAUUCUAGGCCUUUAUUAUUAUUUCUUUAAAGAUCUGAAUUACUUUAAAAAACAUGGUAUAUUAUAUAAACUACCUCUUCCUAUACUGGGAAAUAUGGGACCAGCAAUUUUUUGUCUCAAAUCGACAGCCGAACUCGUUAAGGAGUUUUACAAUCUGCAUUCUAAAGCAAAAUACAUCGGGAUAUUUGAUAUUUGGACUACUCCAGUUAUAAUGGUGCGUGACCCCGAGCUUAUUAAAUCCAUUAUGAUAAAACAAUUUGAUACGUUUCCGCAUCGUCUAAACCCCAUAGACAAGAUGCAAGAUCCAUUAUUUAGUAAAAAUAUUUUCUCUUCUCGUGGAGAGAGAUGGCGACAAUUACGCUCUUUAGUGACUUCAGCCCUCACGCCUAGCAAAAUGAAAAGUAUGUUUAAGUUAAUGUCGGAAUAUAGUGCCGAUUUCUGCACUUUCUUGGCGCAAUUACCACCAGAACAAAGGAUGAUGCAAAUGAAAGACGUUAUUAGUAGGUAUACGAACGAUGUAAUUGCUGCUUUUGCUCUUGGAAUCAAUAUUGAUUCCAGGAAAAAUUCUAAGAACGAAUUCUAUGUAUAUGGCAAAGAGGCGGCUGCUUACAAUGAUGUGGUCUUCAUAAAAUUUUGGAUAUUUAGUUUUUUACCUUGGCUGGCGCGACUAAUAAAUUUGAGAUUGAUACAUAAGAAAAUAGCAGACACCUUCCGAGAUAUUGUGGAAAACAUCAUAAGAGCUAGGGACGAGAAUGGUAUUGUCCGGCCUGAUGUGUUGCAAUUGCUAAUGAAAAACAGAAGUAAGGACGGCAAAGUAAAGCUAACUAUCGAAGAUAUCGUAUCGCUGGCGUUUUUCUUUUUUGUUGAUGGCUUUGAUGCCAAUUCAACGUUAAUAUGUUUCGCCGCUCAUGAAAUCGCUGCAAAUCAAGAUAUACAAAAAAAACUCCAAAAUGAAAUCGAUCAAACUUUGAAAGAAAACAAUGGACAAGUACAUUACGAAACUAUUAACGCCAUGGAAUAUUUAGAUGCAGUGAUCUGCGAAGCUCUUCGAAUGUAUCCGGCUCUUGCGGCAAUCGACAGAGUUUGCGUAAAAGAUUUCGAAUUACCAUCAGCAUUACCAGGAAAGAAACCUUUUACUAUAAAAAAAGGAUGCGGCGUAUGGAUACCAGUUUAUGGACUCCACUAUGAUGCUAUGUAUUUCGAAGAGCCGGAAAAGUUUGAUCCCGAACGGUUUCUUGGUGAGAAGAAAAAAAAUAUUCUGAACUGCGGAGCUUACCUUCCUUUUGGUCUUGGCUCCAGGAUGUGUAUAGGUAACAGAUUCGCAUUGCUUGAGACGAAGAUUUUACUUUUUCAUUUGUUAUCCCGUUGCAACUUGAAAAUCUGCGAAAAAACAUCGAUACCGAUCAAGUUCGUUAAAGGUGGCUUGAGUAUAAAGCCCGAAGGUGGUUUAUGGUUGAAUGUGGAACCAAGAAAAAAUAAUAACUAACUAAAAUAAUAAACAUAUCACUCUUCUAUUGCGUCAAUUUAAUCAACUGAAUAUAUUA